AUGGUGAUGAUGAGUGCAAAAGCAGCCGUAACAUGCAACGAUGUGACAAAUGACACCUUCCCUUGCCUUUCCUACGCAAGCAGCGGCGGCGCUCAGGUCCCGUCGUCUUGCUGUGCCGGAGUUACCAGACUUAAUAACGCCGCCCAGACUACACCCGACCGUCAGACAGCCUGCAACUGUCUCAAAAACCUCGCCCGCACUUUCUCUUUCAAAUUUGCGGGCGAUAUUCCUGAUAAAUGCGGUAUCAGUAUUCCCUACAAGAUCGACCCCAACACCGACUGCACCAAGGUCACUUAA